AGUUAAAGUACACCGAAGAAAGGCUUCCCUCAUUGCUUCAGUCGGUCUUUCGUCCUUCUUCCCUUCGGGCACGCUGUCAUUAAGUCGCCCCGGCUCCCAAGCUUCUGACAUAAAAGCCUGAAAUAAUGAAGAUCUGGGCGUCAGAGCACAUUUUCAACCAUCCAUGGGAGACGGUGACCAAGGCAGCAAUGCAGAAGUACCCCAACCCCAUGAACCCCAGUGUGUUUGGUGUUGACGUUCUGGACAGAAAUGUGGAUUCAGAAGGACGGUUACACAGCACCAGACUACUCAGCACAGAGUGGGGGCUUCCGGCCAUGGCAAAAUCAAUUAUUGGAGUAACAAGAACCUGCACCUACGUUCAAGAGCAUUCAGUCGUGGACCCCAACCAGAAAACCUUUGAGCUACAGUCAACAAAUAUCUCCUUCACCAACAUGGUAUCUGUGGAUGAGAAGCUGACAUACAAGCCCCACCCAGAAGACCCUGGAAAAACGGUGUUAACUCAGGAGGCGCUGAUCAGUGUGAAGGGUGUCAGUCUGAGCAGCUAUCUAGAGGGACUCAUGGCUAAGACCAUAUCUGUAAAUGCUAAUAAGGGUCGGGAGGCGAUGGAGUGGGUGAUCAGGCGGUUGAACACUGAGAUCGAGGAGCUGGCAGCAACUGCGCGGGGCUCCAUGCGUGUUCCAAUGGCAGCAGCCGUUACAGAAAAAUGACCCCAGCAUUUCUUUUUAUCAUCUGCCUACUUCUGCACCACUGAAGGACAGACUCGGACAUCUUCCCCUUUAAAGGGGUCCCCUGCCCUAACCUGCCAAACGACCUCAAACCUCGCAGCCCCUUCCUCUGGUCCCCAACAUUUUUAUAUGUACUUUCCAUAAGAACAUCUGUUCUUCUCAGCAACUCUGCACUUUUUUUUCCUCCAACUGUCUCUGUGGACAUUUACAGGGAACACUAAGAAAGUUUAACAAACAAAAACAGGGUUUAAAUCAGGCAGAACUUAAAGCUCUUAAGUCUCUAGUUCUGUAAUGUAGCCAUGUUUUUCAAAAUGAUUCACGCUGUGCCUACAAGUCCACUCAGAAUAGUCACCGUUUUCACCCCCUGGUCUGUCUUUAGCCUUUCAUUGCUAGCUCAAACCUCCACAAAGAGGUGUAGCACAUUUUUAGAUAGUAUGGGCUGUCCUUGUGCUACUGAGAUCCAUCUUUUUCUGAAUUCUACUAGAGCAGACAGGCUGUUAGUUACUGGAAGGUAAAAAUCUCAACAGCGGUUCAUUUUGUCAGGUUACGUUUCUCUAGUUUCUGUCUGAAUUGGUUUCUAGUUGGGUUGUAGAGUUGGAGAGAAGGCAGAUUUUCUAUGUAGCUAUAGGAGCUAGACUUCUCUGACUGCAGAUUUCCUCUAAUUGCAGGGGUCCAAAUUAAACCAACGCCCCAUGAGCAGAACCUGUUAUUGCACAUAAGAGAAAGGCAGCUUUGACUUGCUAGGAGAUUCUCCAGCUGAUUAAAAAUGUGAUGCAGGCGCUGGUUUUUAUCAGCAGUGUUGAUCCAUCUUUUCUCUCUGUGUUUUUCUGAUCUAUUUAUGGAAAGUUUCAAAUAGUGUGUUCUUCUCUUUUACAAUGAGGCUAAGCUGUACGGUUUACAUGUUAAACUUUAGGAAUGUUCAUACUUGAAUAUUUAACUUGUUUUCAGUAUGUAAACAUCAGGUGGAAGAAAGUUGUUGAAGGGUACAUGUUAGGAAAUGGAUGUGGGGUCGCGGUGUUCUGUUCAUGCUCUAAAGUCGUCUGUAUUGACUGUGCCAAAAUCACUUCUAACGACACAACUAUAACUUGUUUUAUUUACCCUUUAACCUCCCUGUACGCUUCGACCGCUUCAUCCUCCUGUGUGUUAAUGUCAGUGUUAUUUUAUUUGUUGUUAAGACUGUUAAAAUGCUCACGUCUCGAAGCCGUUGGUUUAGAGGUGUAAAUAAAGGAAGGUCAUGUUUUUAUUAAGAUUUACUUCCGACUGAAUUUUGAGGUUAAGACGGUGGAUGCAUUGGAACCACCUAGAUCUCUUCAUGUUCUUCCCUCUUUGUCUCACUGUGGAAACUUGCAUUUAUA